CCGCACUGCUGAGAAGCUGAGCCUUCAGCCUGCGACCCCCACCCCAAGACCUUGGCUGCUUCCCGCACAGCUGCGCCCUCCUUCCCAGUCCCCCUCCACCCGCAGCAUUCAGCCGCCGCCACCUUUGCCUGCCUCUUCCUUUCACCAGGGGCUCUGUGCGUCGUCGCCCCUGCUGCCUUUGCCUUCAACCGCUCUAACUCAAGAUUUCGGGGACCUCCUCUUUACUCCACGCCGCUUCUUCGCACCCCAGCUCUCCUCGCAUCCUCGUCGGGCCGCUCAUUUAACACCCACUGUUGCUUCUCCGGACUGUUUUGGGAGGCAUCGCUGCAAUCCCCCCUUUGGGCUUUGCUCCACUCCACUCUGCGUUGACUGCACCCCCCUUUUGUUGCCUUUAGUUUUGUGCCUAGCGCCUUUUUCUUCAUCCCCGCUGUAGCCUCUGGUGCUCCGCUCCCUCCGCAGGGCAUCGCACCCAAGAAUCCAAGGCACAGCCUCCGGCCAGACGGGCUCGGCUCCCUGGGGGUCUACCUAGCCCAUUGCGCAUCAGCUUUCCCGAAGGUCCCCCCACCUAGUGCCCCUGCUAGCGCCCCGCCUCCCUGCCUCUCAUCCCCCUUCUCCAGGCCUGCCUAGCCCCCAGCCCCAGAAAUGGUCAAUGAAAAGGAAAAGAAGACCGGUGGACAGGUGUUGGACGAAUGGAAAGAGUUCGUGUGGAACCCGCGGACUCACGAGUUCAUGGGCCGUACCGGGAGCAGUUGGGCCUUCAUCCUCCUCUUCUACCUCGUCUUCUAUGGGUUUUUAACUGCUUUGUUCACCCUUACCAUGUGGGUCAUGCUGCAGACUGUCUCAGACCACGUUCCCACAUACCAAGACCAGCUUUCAACACCAGGCCUGAUGAUUCGUCCCAAGACAGAGAACCUUGAGGUUUUGGUCAACCUAAGUGACACCAAGAGCUGGGACCAGCAUGUGGAGAUGCUCGAUAAAUUCCUGGAGCCCUACAAUGACUCAAUCCAGGCCCAGAAGAAUGAUGUCUGCCGCCCAGGGCACUAUUAUGAACAACCGGACAAUGGGGUUCUCAACUAUCCCAAGCGGGCUUGUCAGUUCAACAGGACACAGCUGGGUGACUGUUCAGGGCUUAGUGACCCUACCCACUAUGGCUACAGUACUGGCCAGCCCUGCGUCUUUAUCAAGAUGAACCGGGUCAUCAACUUCUAUGCAGGAGCCAAUCAGAGCAUGAAUGUUACCUGUGCAGGGAAGCGGAAUGAAGAUGCCAAAAAUCUUGGUGACUUCACUAUGUUCCCUGCCAAUGGCAACAUUGACCUGAUGUAUUUUCCCUACUACGGCAAAAAGUUCCACGUGAAUUACACACAGCCUCUGGUGGCUGUGAAGUUCAUGAAUGUGACCCCCAACGUGGAAGUCAAUGUUGAGUGCCGAAUUAACGCAGUCAACAUUGCCACCAACGAUGAGCGGGACAAGUUUGCUGGCCGCGUGGCCUUCAAACUCCGAAUAAUAAAAAAGACCUGAGUCGACUCCCUGCCACCCUCCCUCUCCCCAUCUCCCAGGGCUUUAUGGAAUGUGCUUUCUGGAUGCCGCCUUCCCUGCCUGCCCUCCUUUCCCAGCCCCUCCUCUCCCUGCUCCUUGCCCCAAAGGUAUAAUUCCAUCCCCACUCUUUCACAACUCCCAUCCCUGUUGGGUGGUAGCCAUUUUGAUUCCCUGGAAGAAUAGCUUCUCCCACUGUUGGUAUGUGAGAGUUUUAGAGCAGGGAGGCCAUCUUUUGCCCCUUUACUGACGUUUUGUUUCCAGUGCCAUCCAGGUACUUGUAUGACUACUGGUGAAACACUCCUACAAUUACCCCUGCCUCCCUCCUUUUUCUUGUUGCUAUGGACUUGACGAAUGCUCCCUCUUAGUUUUCAUGCUUUCCCUGGUAGUGGUGGUGAGAGUGUCCUUCGGUGAGGGUCACUCCUCUGGCUUCUAUCUCCACUUGCCCUUCACUAUUCAUCCUAGUGACUUGCAGAUAAGAUAUUUGGGAACCUGUCUGUCUUGGGCCUUCCUUUCUCCUCAACUUAAUCCUGCCCUUUUCCCCAUCUGCACUCCUCACUAAAAGAUGUUCAGGUGGCCAUUUUUGACUUGAAGAUGGGCUUGGUCCAACUUUUUUUCCAUACUCCACCUCCUACUGAAGCCUUUACAUUGCCAUUGCUGGGUCUCCUUGUUCUUCCAAUUCCCUACCCCCGUCUCCAUGAGGUCUGAGCUGAAAAAUGGGGUGUCCUCUCCCCUCCCUUGGGCUCCAAAGGGGGGUAUUUAAGAAUAGGGAUGCCAUUUUGUUGAUCGAAAGUUCGUAAGCUCUGUCCCUACCUCAUUCUUUUCUGAUACUUUCCAUAACCUGGUGUCUGCUUGUCCAAAAGACAAUUGGACAUAAUAUUUGGUCAAUUUUAUCCAUGUAUAAUUUCCUUAUAAACAUUUUCCUAGAGCAUUCCUCCACCUCCCACCCACAGCUCCAUUUUCCAGUGCUUUGGGCGGCCAUCUUGAAUUGGGUUUGUCCCUGGUGGCCAUGGUAAUAGGCCACCUUCUUUCCCUGUGCCCCCCAGUCUAGUUUUUCUCAGCAAAUCAUUGGCUAAUUACUAGCGCUCCCUUUCCGCUUAACAUCAACCUGAAAGUUUUAAAUGCCCCUCUCAAUCUGAAAGUGGCUCCCUCUCCUCCAAACCCCCUCUGCCUUUUUUAGCCCUGUAAUUCCCAUAACAUGUUCAAAGAGGCCCCUGCUCAGAAAUAUUUUUUUAAUCACAGAGGUGUUUUAAUACUUUCCUUCCUCUUUUCCGUCCCAAAUCUAUUCCCUACUAAUGCUGCACUCUCCUCUUCCUUGGAUCUGACCCUUUUCUCUUGAAAUCAGGCAAGGCCUGGGUUCAAAUCCUGCCUUUGAUACUUACUACCUGUGUGACCAUGGGCAAAUUUUCUUAAUCUUUGAGCCUCAGUUUCCUCGUCUGUAAAAUGGGGAUAAUACCUGUAGUACCUAUCUCACAGGGUUGUUGUGAGGUUAAAUUGAGAUAAUGUAUGUAAAACAUGUUUCAGAACAUAACUAGAUCUAUAAAUGUCAACUCUUAUUCUCUCACCCACCUCUGUUCCCACUUCCCCUUACCUCAGACCCUCAGAGGGGUCUCUACAGUUAUUUAAUGCCUGUGUCAGAUCUACUGUAAAAGAUAAAAGUACAAUACCAUGAGAGAUUAUAUAUACAUAUACAUAUAUAUAUAUAUAUAUAUACACCACACA